GCCCCUCGGAGGCUCCAGGCAGCCCAGGGCGUGCUCUAGGGCGCCGCCGCCUCUGCGACACCGAGCAGGGCCAGUCCCCGCGGGCUUUAUUUACAUUAUGCAAAAACUCACCCUGGCAGGUUUGAGAGAGAAAGCUAGAAACCCCGGGUCCAGCCGCGGGGGCCACCUCUCCGGAAAACCACAUUACUGCAGCCUAGUUCGUGCAGAAAAAGUCCCGGGACUGGUGUUUUAAGCAAAGCCAGAUCAUUUGCAUACCCGCUGUUUGCAUGCGUUUGUCUUCGGACUGAAGAGAGCAACCCUGGGUGCUAGGUAACUAGGCGAAACCAGGAUGAUUCACUCAAAAUUUCAGUGUCUGAAAGCUGGGGCCUAGGGGAGAAGGGGUGUCAACUCCUAGUCAUGUCUCAUUCAGUAAACUGAGGCUGGCCCAGGUGAAGAGGCUCUAGAGCCCACAGCUCCCUGACAGACGCCCUGCACCCCCUGUCGCCUGGAACAGAAAACGACAGAGCUCGCAGAGCAAGGACAAAACCACAACUGCGGGGAGAGGAAGGCCCGUGGUGCCGCCUGGUUUGCAUCGCGCCUUUGCCUUGCCCGGUUCCUGAAGGGACCGCAGGCCCGGAAGGCCAGGGCAAACACCCGGUCUCUACACCAGGUCCACGUCCCACCCCUUUCACAGGCAUGAGGUUGCUACGCAUCCAGGCAGCUGCCUGGUGUUCUAUUUAAACAGCCUGGCAUCGCAGAGGUUCCUCAGCCAUGCCAGGUGCGGGCAUUGGCCAGCAUGCUCACCCUGUCCACUCACCUGCUGGGCCUGCAGCUGUCCCUGGCCUGCUGCUGCUGGGCUUUAGCCUGUCAAGAAGUGGAGUCCUCCCCUGACUUCAGCCUCCCAGGGGAUUACAUCAUAGCAGGCUUGUUCCCUCUCCACGGCGAAAGUCCAGGGGUGAGACGCAAACCGGAGGUGACGCUAUGUGACAGGCCCAACAACUUCAGCGGCCACGGCUACCACCUCUUCCAGGCCAUGCGGCUCGCCAUUGAGCAGAUAAACAACUCCACGUCCCUGUUGCCCAACGUCACCCUGGGCUAUGAGCUUUACGACGUGUGCUCGGAGUCUGCCGUUGUGUAUGCCGUGCUGAGUGUUCUCACCCCGCGGGGGAUGCGACACAUAGAGAUCCACCAAAACCUGUCCUACUUCUCCCCCAAGGUAGUGGCAGUGAUUGGGCCUGACACCACCAGCCAUGCCGCCACUGCUGCAGCCAUGCUGAGCCCCUUCCUGGUGCCCGUGAUCAGCUACGAGGCCAGCAGCAUGAUGCUCAGUGCCAAGCGGCAGUACCCGUCUUUCUUGCGCAUGAUCCCCAGCGAUAAGAACCAGGUGAAGACCAUGGUGCUGCUGCUGCAGAGGUUUGGCUGGGUCUGGAUCUCAUUGGUGGGCAGCAAUGGCGACUAUGGACAGCUAGGGGUGCAAGAGCUAGAGGAGCAGGCCAGCCGGAAGGGCAUCUGCAUUGCCUUUAAGGGCAUCAUGCCUUAUUCAGCGCGGGCAGGUGACGAGAAGAUGCGGGGCAUGAUACACGACUUGGCCCAGGUGAGGACCACUGUUGUGGUCGUUUAUGCUGGUAGGCAGCUUGCCAAGGUGUUCUUUGAGUCUGUGGUGCUGGCCAAGCUAACUGACAAGGUGUGGGUUGCCUCUGCGGACUGGGCCAUCUCCAGCCACAUCACUGAGAUGCCGGGGAUCCGGGACAUUGGCACGGUGCUGGGUGUGGCCAUCCAGCAGAGGGUGGUCUUGGGCCUGAAGGACUUUGAAGAGGCCUAUGUCCGGGCAGACAAGGGGGUGCUCAGAUCAUGCCCCCAGGGCUCCUGGUGCAGCAGCAACCAGCUCUGCAGAAAGUGCUGGACUUUCACGCGGGACAAAAUGCCCACACUUGGUACCUUCUCCAUGAGUUCUGCCUACAGCUCCUACCGGGCUGUGUAUGCCGUGGCCUAUGGCCUCCACCAGCUCCUGGGCUGCCCCUCAGGAGCCUGUUCCGCGGGCCUUGUGUACCCCUGGCAGCUUCUACAGCAGAUCCAGAAGGACAACCUGACCUUUAACAACCAUGGGAACCUUCUUGGUGGCUAUGACAUAAUUACCUGGGACUGGAGUGGCCCAGAGUGGAGCUUCAGAGUCAUUGGCUCUUCCACAUGGUCUCCGGUUCGGCUGGACAUCAAUAAGACCAAAAUCCAGUGGCACAGAAAGAACAACCAGGUGCCCAAGUCUGUGUGCAACAAAAACUGUUCAAAAGGGUACCGGCGCAUGGUCACGGGUGUCCACCACUGUUGCUUCACUUGUGUGUCCUGUGAGGCUGGAACCUUCCUCAACGAGAGUGACCUCUACCACUGCCAGCCAUGUGGCAAGGAAGAAUGGGCACCCCAAGGAAGCCAGACCUGCUUCCCACGCACCGUGGUGUUUCUCACCUGGCAUAAUCCCAUCUCUUGGGUGCUGUUGGCAGCUAAUACGCUGCUGCUGCUGCUGCUGGGUGGGACUGCUGGCCUGUUUGCCUGGCACUUUGAUACUCCUGUGGUAAAGUCGGCAGGGGGCAGGCUGUGCUUCCUCAUGCUGGGCUCUCUGGCGGUGGGCAGCUGCAGCCUCUAUUGCUUCUUUGGGGAGCCCACACUGUCCACCUGCUUGCUGCGCUUGGCCCCCUUUGCCCUCGGGUUCACCAUCUUCCUGUCUUGCCUGACUAUCCGCUCCUUCCAGCUGGUCUUCAUCUUCAAGUUUUCUGCAAAGGUGCCCACUUUCUACCACGCCUGGGUCCAAAACCACGGUGCUGGCCUGUUUGUGGUGCUCAGCUCAAUGGCCCAGCUGCUGAUCUGUCUUUCGUGGCUUGUGGUGUGGACCCCGCUGCCCACCAGGGAAUACGAGCAUUUUCCCCAGCUGGUGGUGCUUGAGUGCACCCAGGCCAACUCACUGGGCUUCAUACUGUCUUUCGCCUACAAUGGCCUCCUCUCUGUCAGCGCCUUUGCAUGCAGCUACCUGGGCAAGGACCUGCCAGAGAACUACAACGAGGCCAAGUGCGUCACCUUCAGCCUGCUCCUCAACUUUGUGUCAUGGAUCACCUUCUUCACCACGGCCAGCGUCUACCAGGGCAGGUACCUGCCCAUUGUCAACGUGCUGGCUGUGCUGAGCAGCCUGUGUGGAGGCUUCAGUGGCUAUUUCCUCCCCAAGUGCUAUGUGAUCCUUCGCCGCCCAGAUCUUAACAGCACAGAGCACUUCCAGGCCUCCAUCCAGGACUACACGAGGCGCUGGGGCUCCACCUGACUGCCUGGGCAGCACUAAAAGCCUCCCCAGCUGGAGGGGCCUGGGUCCCUAGGAGGCUUUUGGGCUCAGCCUGUGGGAACACCCCAGCCCAGGCCCCAGGCUGCCAAUUGAGAAGAGAGAGAGAUGUUUGACAACGUGAGCUGGUGUAAAUUGCUGCAAUUUGAUGGCUUUCUCUGGACUGGACUUUGCUUAUGGAUGCUCAAAGUUCCAACCAAAACAAAAGAUUCUUCAGAUCAGGAAACAUGCUUGUGGAAAUUGUCAAAUGGGAACCUAACUUGCUGUGUAAACUUUCACCAAAA